AUGCUGCUACUUCAUCAGAGCAAAGUGAGGUUUGCCAAAGUGGUUUGGUGCAGUUUGUCCCUUCCGAAUCACAGAUUUGUUCUUUGGCAGUCUGUCCUUGGUCACCUUCUGACCCGAGACAAUCUUCUUCGUCGGCAGAUCCCUAUUGAUUCUCCCUUAUGCUCAGUCUGUGAGAUAGAUUUGGAGUCAUAUGAACAUCUGUUUUUUGACUGUUUGCACUCUCAGCAGAUUUUGCAUAAGAUGGCUAAUUGGUUGGGUAUUGCUAUAUGGUCUUCCAAAUUUUGUGAAUGGAUUGCUUGGAUGGAUGGGAGGCCUAAAGGUUUAUAUCAGCGAAUCUUGGUAGCUACACUUGCUGCUGCUGCUGUCUAUUUCAUUUGGCUGAAUCGUAAUUCAUGUAUUUUUAAUUACUCAUCUAUUUCUAGUAAUAGAAUUCUUUUUUUGAUUAAGGCUAGCUUAAAGGCUAGAUUGUUGGGUAUUGCUAGGAAGAAACUUGGAAUACUUGAGAAGACUUUUCUUGAUUCUAUGAAUUAG